GAACGGGAUUGCGUGGUCCACAGGGCUACAUAUUCCUAUGCCGUGAAACUGGUCACCGUAGCGGAGCGACUGUUUGGGGACUAUCACACAUUCCUACGCAAGAGGUUCUGGAGGGAUCUUCAUGGGACAUACACAGACUUCCAGUCAUACUCAACCAACCGGAAUUGGCUCUGUAGACUGUCGCUUAUCUUGGCUAUUGCGGAAGCCGGUGCAGCGAACGAUUCGUCUAUCGCGACUGCUGCGUCUGGGGGGGAGAAUGCCUCCUCUAAUUCAGAAGCCAAUGAAUCAACCCCAUCGGCCCUAUCAUCAGGGAUUGAGCUCUUCGAGCAAGGCCUCCUCAUGCUCAAGGUCUCGUACGAGACACCAACCGUGGAUGAUAUCGAGGCUCUCAAUCUCGCUACCUGCGCCGUCUCGCUCUCCAACAUCGAGCGGGAGCACAGGAAGCGAGUUUGGUGGACUGCCUUUUGCAUCGACCGAUCAACCAGCGCCGAGCUCGGUCUGUGCCCUGCCUACGCUCGCAAAGCCGACAGCCUUGAUCUCCCCGACUCGAGCUCUCUUGGCUUGAAGGAAAAAGAAGAGUUCUACCCCGCAGAAUUGUUGAGCAUGCAAAUCAAAGUGUGCGAGAUGAAGAGUGAUGUGAUCGAAACACGACCAUACGAGAUCAUUGGGGAGUGCCUGGAGCGGUUGAAUACAGGCAGGGAGGCUUUCCCGGGCGACAUUUGUUCGUCAGACAAGAUCCAGCAAGAAUAUAGCCAUUUAGACGUCCGGGUAUUAUCAUCAAUGCUACUGCGGUACAAUCAGGUAUUCUAUCAAUGCGUUGUCUACUCUCUCCCCUCGAUUUCAUGCCAAUGGCUCUCGCUUCAGUGCUAUAUACUCCUCCUUCGUCCCAUUCUGUUUCAUCAAUUCGCUUUCAUUAUGCGCAAUGAUAGUGCCAUUACCCUGUCGGACGACAUACGCUCCAUCAAUCAAAUCUGUCUCGGAGCUGCGCGAAGCAACGCGAAGAUGCUGCUCAACCUGGCUAACUCACAAAAGCUAGUCAAAUACGGAUACUGGGACUCCGUCCAUCUCUUCUCUAGCCUGAUGAUCUUGAACCUUGCCGGUCUCAUAAACCGCAGGCUCCAGGGCGCGGGCCAGUCAAGCGGAGAGGAGACGGAAAAUGACGUUUCAAUGUAUCAGCAGGGCCGUCGCAUCCUGCUCGGAUUAGCAGAACCAGGGAACGUCCCCUCAAAACAUCAUCUGAGCAUGCUUGAAGAAGUAGAGGCGAUUGGAGAGAUGCACGCGUGGCCGGGAGACAGCGAGCUAUCCGGGUCAGAGAAUGUUGGGAUCGAGCUGGGUUUCGACAGCUGGGGUGAGCUGAUAGUUCCUCCAGACCUAAAUUUCGAUGCAAACAUGGCAAGUUGUUACGCUGCACCUGUAAACUUUAGGGUAGGUUUGCUCAUCAUCGGCCGAGGCUUCUGCGACGCGAUGGCUAUUCCAAAAUCGGUA